AUGGCUAAAUCUCGUCGACCCUUAAAGAUAUUUUGCUCAGUAACGGUUGUUCUCUUGAUAAUCAUUCUCGUCACCGCAAUCACACUCUACUACACCCUUUUCAAGCCGAAACAACCCAAAAUCACGACUCAAAGCGUCACGCUCGACUCCUUCUCUCAAAACCUGGGCGAUCUUACUGAUCUAAACGCUACGUUAGGUGUACUUAUCACGAUUAAAAAUCCCAAUUAUGGAGGAUUUAAUUAUCGGAACAGUACGACUUAUUUGACUUACCGUGGAGAUUUGGUGGCUGAGGCACCAAUAAUUGAAGACUCAAUCCCGGCUCGGGGACAACACGAUGUUAGCAUGACAGUUUUAGUGGUCGGUAAGCGGUUGAUUGGAAAUCCAGAUUUUUCAAAGGAUUUGGGAACUAAAGUUUUGAAUUUUACUUCAACGACAACAUUAAAAGGGAAAGCAGUUGUUUUGAAAGUCUUCAAAAAGAAGGCCACGACUUUUUGUUCGUGUGAUAUUUCUAUUAAUAUUCGUUACAACAAUUCAACUUCUGUUUGCAAAUCAAAAGUUAAAUUUUAG